AUGAGAAGAACUGCCGUCCUCCGCCUCUGCGCUGUGCUGAUCUUCCUCCUCCCCGUCACCAUCUCCGCCAUCUCCCCUGACGGCACCGCCCUGCUCUCCCUCUUGGCUUCCUCAUCCUCGCCGCCGCCGCCGCCGCUGCCCUCGUGGGACGCCUCCCUCGCGACGCCCUGCUCGUGGGAGGGGGUGACCUGCUCACCGCAGGGGAGGGUCAUCUCCCUCGCCCUGCCCAACAUCUUCCUCAAUCUCACCGCGCUGCCACCGCAGCUCUCCUCCCUCACGUCGCUGCAGCUGCUGAACCUCUCCUCCGCCAACAUCUCCGGCGCCAUCCCGCCGUCGCUAGGCCGCCUCUCCUCGCUCCGCCUGCUCGACCUCUCCUCCAACGCACUGUCAGGGCCCAUCCCUGCCGAGCUGGGGGGGCUCUCCUCCUUGCAGUUCCUCUUCCUCAACUCCAACCGCCUCUCCGGCCCCAUCCCCUCCGCCAUCGCCAACCUCUCCUUCCUGGAGAUCCUCUGCCUGCAGGACAACCAGUUCAACGGCACCAUCCCAUCGCAGUUCGGCUCGUUGCUCGCCCUCCAGCAGCUACGCGUGGGCGGGAAUGCGCUCCUCGCCGGCGCCAUACCGCCCCAGCUCGGCCUCCUCACCAACCUCACCACCUUUGGCGCCGCUGCCACCGCCCUGUCCGGCCCCAUCCCGCCGGAGUUGGGGAAGCUGACCAACCUCCAGACGCUGGCCAUCUACAACACUGAGGUCUCCGGUGCCGUCCCCGCUGAGCUGGGAUCCUUGUCGGAGCUCCGCAACCUGUACCUCCACCUGAACCAGCUCGAGGGCCCGAUCCCGCGCGAGCUGGGGAAGCUCCAGAAGCUCACCAGCUUGCUCCUCUGGGGGAACUCCAUCUCCGGCCACAUCCCCAGGGAGCUCUCCAACUGCACCUCUCUGGUCGUGCUCGACCUAUCGGUGAAUAAGCUCUCCGGCGAGAUCCCCGGCGAACUGGGCAGGCUGACCCUGCUGGAGCAGCUCCACUUCUCCGACAACGCGCUCUCCGGCGCCAUCCCCAGCGAACUGAGCAACUGCACCAGCCUCACCACGCUGCAGCUCGACAAGAACGCCCUCUCGGGGGAAAUCCCGCCGCAGAUUGGGAACCUCAAGCUCUUGCAGCUCCUCUUCCUGUGGGGAAACUCCCUGUCGGGGAGGAUACCCCCGUCUCUGGAGAACUGCACCGAGCUCUACUCCCUAGACCUUUCCAAGAACCAGCUCGCCGGCGCCAUCCCCGAGGAGCUCUUCCGACUGACGAAGCUCAGUAAGUUGCUUCUCCUGGGGAACUCCCUGUCGGGGAAGCUUCCCACCGGCGUGGGGACCUGCCAGUCGCUGGUGAGGCUGAGGCUUGGGGAGAACCAGCUUUCCGGGGAGAUCCCCCCGGAGAUCGGCGAGCUCAAGAACCUCGUCUUCUUGGACCUCUUCUCCAACAACUUCUCCGGGAAGCUCCCCGUCGAGAUUGGCAACAUCACGGUACUGGAGAUGCUGGACAUCCACGACAACCAGCUCGCCGGCGACAUCCCCGUCGAGCUGGGCGCGCUGGUGAAUCUGGAGCAGCUCGAUCUCAGCCAGAACAGCUUCUCUGGAGAGAUUCCCCUUAGCAUCGGCAACCUGAGCUACCUCAACAAGCUCAUCCUCAGAGCCAACCGGCUGACGGGGGCGCUGCCCAAGUCCCUCCAGAACUUGCGGAAGCUGACUCUGCUCGAUCUGAGCUGCAAUGGCCUCUCCGGCGCGAUCCCCCCCGAGAUCGGCUCGCUGACGGGUCUGACGAUCAGCCUGGGCCUGAGCUCCAACAAUCUCUCCGGCGAGCUCCCCAGAGAGAUGGCCGGCCUGACCCAGCUCCAGUCGCUCGACCUCUCCGGCAACCAUCUCUCCGGCGGGAUCGCCGUUCUGGGUUCUUUGACAAGCCUCACCUCCCUCAACAUCUCCGGCAACAACUUCUCCGGCCCGAUCCCCGUCAGCCCCUUCUUCAGGACAGUCUCCCCCAGUUCGUAUGCAGAGAACCCGGGUCUCUGCACGUCGUUCGACGGGUUGAUUUGCUCCGCCGACGUCAUCCGGAGAACGGCGCUGAAAUCCAUCAAGAAGGCGGCUCUGGCCUGCGCCAUCCUCGGGUCCGUCACCAUGUCCAUCCUCGCCGUCUGGGUCCUGGUUGGCCGGGGCCGGAUGCCGGCGGCGGCGGCGGGGAUGUCGCCGGCGCUGCCCUCCUCCGGCGAGGAGGACUUCUCUUACCCCUGGACCUUCACGCCGUUCCAGAAGUUCAGCUUCACCGUCGACGACAUCUUGGGCUGCCUCAAGGACGAGAACGUGGUCGGAAAGGGCUGCUACGGCGUGGUCUACAGAGCCGAGAUGCCCGGAGGCGACGUCAUCGCCGUCAAGAAGCUCUGGAAGUCCAAGUCGGAGGACGAGCUGGUGGACGCCUUCGAGUCGGAGAUCGAGAUCCUUGGCCGCAUCAGACAUAGGAACAUCGUGAGGCUGCUGGGAUACUGCUCCAACCGGAGCGUGAAGCUCCUCCUCUACAACUUCAUCCCCAACGGUAACCUGCAACAGCUCCUGCAAGACAGCCGGAACCUCGACUGGGAGACGAGGUACAAGAUAGCUGUUGGGGCGGCGCAAGGCCUGGCCUACCUCCACCAUGACUGCGUCCCGGGGAUCCUGCACAGAGACGUCAAGUGCAACAACAUCCUCCUCGAUUCCAAGUUCGAAGCCUACCUGGCCGACUUCGGCUUGGCGAAGUCGAUGAGCUCGCCCACCUUCCACCACGCCAUGUCCAGAGUCGCCGGCUCCUACGGCUACAUCGCCCCAGGCAAGUAGUCUUCGCAGAGAUGAUCUUCCUCCACCGCCCUCCUCAACCUGCAUGGCUGGUUGGUUCAUUCAGAGCUCUGGUUCUUGCCUGCAGAGUAUGGGUACACGACGAACAUAACAGAGAAGAGCGACGUCUACAGCUAUGGGGUGGUCUUACUGGAGAUCCUCAGCGGGCGCAGCGCGGUGGAGCCGCAGGUGGGAGACGGCCUGCACAUAGUGGAGUGGGUGAGGAAGACGGGGACCUUCGAGCCAGCGGUCAACUUGCUGGACGCAAGGCUACGGGGGAUGCCGGACCAGGCGGUGCAGGAGAUGCUGCAGACGCUGGGGAUCGCCAUGUUCUGCGUCAACUCCUCCCCGUCGGAGCGGCCGACCAUGAAGGAGGUGGUGGCGCUGCUAACAGAGGUGAGGAGCCCGCCGGAGGAGUGGAGCGGGAAGACCUCGCAGCAGCCUCUCAUGAAGCCCCCCGUCGGGGGUUGA